AAGCACGUGGUGGGGUGAAUAAGAUCGUUUAGGCAAUUUACGAAUUUAUAGAAGAGCUGUUUCUCACUGCACAACAUUGGUCGUGUGCUUUAUAUCAAACGCUCGUCCCUCGGUGAAGCAUUAGCGGAGAGGAUACAUUCAUUAUGUCUAGCGAUGAAGUGAACCCAAAAGCCUAUCCACUGGCAGAUUCACAGUUGACUGUAACCAUUCUGGAUCUUGUGCAGCAGGCAACAAACUACAAGCAGCUGAGGAAAGGAGCUAACGAGGCAACAAAAUGUGUUAAUCGUGGUAUUGCUGAAUUUAUUGUCUUGGCUGCUGAUACUGAGCCAUUGGAAAUACUUCUUCAUUUACCUUUGCUCUGUGAAGAUAAGAAUAUUCCAUACGUUUUUGUACGAUCCAAGCAAGCACUUGGUAGAGCAUGUGGAGUCUCUCGACCUGUCAUCGCAUCCGCUGUCACUGUCAACGAAGGCUCUCAACUCAAAGCACAAAUCCAAACUCUCCAGAAUUCCAUUGAAAAACUUCUGAUUUGAAAUCUAUUCCGAUAUAUCUUUUAUAUGUUCUAGUGAAAGCAUAGAUGUACAUAUGUAGCUGGAAUACACAUAUAGACUUGAUGGCCAACCACUACAUUAAACUAUUUUUUGAACACUGA